CAGCCUCCCUUUCUUCUACUUCUUCUUUACCUCCAUUUUUAUUUUUUCUCUUCCUCAAUCAUUCUUCUUCUUCUUCUUCACUGUUCGCUCUCCUACACACACACACACAUAUAUAUAUAUAUAACAAAAUCUGAACGGGCAUUUCGAACCGCCGUUACCCUAACUUCAGUUCAGAUACCGGCGGCGGAGCGAUGUUCGUCGCCCACCCCUCUUUCCCCACUAUUCAAUCCCUGCUACCUUCAAUUUCAAUCCAAUCGAACAAAUAUUCACCGUUUCUGGAUGCGAGACCUCCAUUUCGCGCUCGGAUUUCUUGCAGGCGGCCGCCGCCGCGUAUCUCCGCCGGCAGUGGAAAGAAUUCUGAGUUGGAAAUGGAAGUAAGCGGCUCCGAGGAAGAAGCAAUUGAGGAUGAGACGGACUAUUCAUGGCGUGGAGGCGGAUUCGGAGAAAAGGACUACGACAAAGAUCCGGAGUUCGCUGAGAUCCUCGGCGCCUGUCUCGAUGAUCCUGAUAAGGCUAGGUCCAAAUUGGAGGAAAGGCUAAGGAGGAAGAGGAACAAGAUACUGCAUACGAAAAUGGGCUCGGCGAGCCCGAUGAAGGUGACUUUCAACAAAUUUGAUUUUUCGAAUUCAUACAUAUGGUUGGAGUUCUACAUUGCGCCGUUAGAAAAAGACGUGACUUUGCUCUGUGAUGCAAUUAGGGCGUGGCACAUAAUCGGCCGACUAGGAGGAUGCAACUCUAUGAACAUGCAACUGUCACAAGCUCCUCUAGAAAAUCGACCAAGUUAUGAUGCCAUUCAGGGCGCAAAUGUGACACCCGCCACAUUUUACAACAUAAGCGACCUCGAGAUUCAAGAUAAUUUAGCGCGGAUCUGGGUGGAUAUCGGCACGAACGAACCUCUACUCUUGGAUGUUCUGAUAAAUGCAUUGACUCAAUUAAGCUCCGAUUAUGUCGGAAUAAAGCACGUGACGUUCGGAGGAUCCGAGCACGAGAAUUGGAAGGAAAACUUGAAAACAGAGGAGGUAGGAUACAGUGUUCAUAGGAUUUAGUAGAUUUCUUUCUUUUCAUGCACAACAGUUUCUCUUUUGUUGUAAGAUUUAAGAUCACCAUGUCCAUCCUAUGAAAUCUGAAAAAUCCUAUUAUAUGAAAUCAUGAUUACUUCUAGUUAACCAUGUACUGUUAGUUUAUACAAUAUACUUCCACCCGUCGAAAAAAAUA